CAGCAACUGCAUCUAUUUAUUCUUUAGCAUUAUCGGCACACGUUAUUUUCUGUUAACCAGGUGUGAAAAUUAUCGAAUUUUAUAUAAACUAAAAUACCUUUUUUUACAUUAAAGUCUUGUUAAUAUAAUUUUUUCCAAUUGCAAAAUGGGAUCAGAGGAAUUUCAAAAGAGGUUAUCUCAAGAACUGGAUAAAAUGAAAACAAUCCAGAAAAAUAUGCAAAAAGCGAUGUCGGCAAAACAAACUUUAGAUGGCCAGCUGUCUGAAAAUAAUGUUGUUAAAGAAGAAUUGGAAUUCCUUACACCAGAAAACAAGGUUUACAAAAUGACAGGGCCUGUUCUUGUUGAGCAAGACAUCGAAGAAGCCAAGCAAAAUGUUGAGAAAAGAAUUAUGUUCAUUACGUCCGAGAUCAGACGUAAUGAAGAUUUACUGAAAGAUCUAAGCAGCCAGCAGGACAAGCAGCAAGAAAUAUUGCAACGUCUCCAGAAGGAAUUUGCAGAGGAACAGCAAAUGAAGAUGGCUAAAAAGUAAUUAAUUUCAAGUGCCUGAAUGUAAUAUAUCAGUACGUAAUUCAAGUUACGAAGUCUUUCUGUAAUGUUCUGCUUACUACAUUCUGUUCAUCAGUUCAUUAUAGCUUGUUGAAAGGUGUGAAUUAAUAUCAUUCAUCUGGAACAAAUUCUUCAUAUCAGAUGUUUAUUUGUCUGCUAAUGGUGUGAGUUGUUGCUAAUGGUGAAUAAUAAAAGCUGUUCAAAAUUUCUAUUCAUAUGCAAAGCUUGAAAGACUAUUUGACCUAUGAUAUUAUAUAUUAAUUUGUCAUUUGCUUUUAAAAAUAAAGUUCCGUACUGUGAAAGUUUAAUUUCACAUUUUUUUUUUAUUUAAAAAAAAAUUCUCUUACUACUUAUGAGAUUUUAUUAAAUUUUCAAUACACUGAUUUUUUUAAGGCAUCUGAAGAUAGUUAUUAUAUCUUUCUUGUUGCAGUAUCUUUUAAAAGACAAAAUCAUAAUGAAUAAUGUUUUCAUCUGCUAUUUUAAAGAAUAGGUUUGGAAUUGAAUUCUAAAAUAAAUUUUUUUUGGCAGAUCUAUUAAUUAUGAUAAAAGAAAAUGUUAAUAAUAUGUAAACAUUUAUUCAUAGCUGUGGUUAUGAAAUAUUCCAGAAUUUUUGCAAAUAAUUUUUUUUUCAGCUGAAACAUCAUAAAAUAGUGCAGUUAUUAAACACAUAAACCUUGAUGCUUCAAAAUACCUAUGACAUAUAAAUUAAAUAUUUUAUUUUCAUCUAAAAUUGUGAAAAAUUUUAAUCUUCCUACUCCUGCCUCUCGUCAUCUUACUUUAUCACCCUAGACAUUUCUAAAAUAAUAAAAUUUAACAGAAUAAGGAAACACUUAUAGAAAACAUUUAACUAUGAUGGAUCUGUUUUGAUAAACAAAUAUGGAUUGAAAAUUACUUUUUCUUAACAUUUGUAUGAUAUUUGAUGUAACAGAAGAAAAAAAGUUAAUAUAAUUUAGAAUUCAUGUAAAUUAUAGUUUAAAAUGUUGAGAUGAUUGUUUUGUUUCUUUUUUAAAAAAACAAUUCUUUUUUUGUUUUGUGAGUUCAAACCUUUCAUUAUAAAGUUAAAAGUAUGAAGUUUUUAGAGAAAAGAUUUUUCAUUGUCAUGAUUAAUUCGUUCUUCCUGUCUUACAGCAUGUGAUUGCUUAGUUUCCAUAGAAUAGAUUGAUUGGGAUGUCAGAAAUCGUAUCAAAUUUCCAAAAGUAUAAUAAAUGUUAGGACAAUUAUCUAUGAACUGUUCAUGUAAUCAUAAAAUUAAACAAUCAAGGUGAUGUUUUUAUAAUAAAACUAAAUUGUAAGCAAGAUUUUUAAACAUUUUGUUUUUUUCAUUGCUUUAUAUCUAAGCUCUGUAACUUUAUUUUCAGUUUUAGAUAUAUUAUUUUAAAUGUUGUUUAAUUAUUUUUAUAUUUUAAUGUUGUUAAAUAGGUAUUUGGAUUUUAAUUCUGCAGGAAAAAAAUGAUUUAUAACUAGAUAGAAUCGGUUAUUAAUACUCUUAAAUCAUUUAGCCCAUUUUCUACCUGUAUUCAAAUAGAAAAUGUGCAAUUUUUAUCAAUGCAUGUAUAAAUGAUUCUUCUUCACCAAGAUAAAUCUUUAUUUGAGAAAGUGAAUCUGCUAAUAGAUCUGACUUCUAUUGAAAAUAAUCUAGAAGAGCCAGAAGAAAAUAUAUUGUUAAAUUAUUGUAUAAAAUUUAUUGUUUUCUGAAAGAUGGAAUUAUGUUUCAUACUUUUUAUCUUAAUGACAAAGAAUUGAUUUUUACAUGUUUUUUGUAUAUUUCUUUAUUAAUGAUACCAUUCUAUAAACUCAUUCAUACAAAUAUCAUAAUUUGUUUAUUUUCGAAAUUAAAACAUUGAAAUGAACUAAUAUCUAUUUUUUUUGGAGGACAGAUGAAAAGAAAUGGGCAAUUAUAUUUCAUCACAUACCCAAAUGGUUAUGUUUCUCUUUCAGUUUUUGUUUUAUGUACUGGUGAUAUUUCUCAUAAUUCAUGAUUUUUGAAUAAUUAGAGAUAAAAAUUUUUUACUAUGA